ACCUCACACUCUCCCUCUAUCUCGCGCGUGCGCACUCCCUCUCUCGCUCUUUCUGAAUUGUCUCGACUGGCCUGCCGCCUGUUCGUUCGUCUGACAGCCGACAAGUUCUCUCGUUCUCAGACUCAAUUCCUCUCGGCUUCACUUAGUCUCCGAGUCCCGCUCGGCGGUGCAGAGGGUGGCUUAACCGGCAGCGGCGUAAGUGACUUGACACGGGCUUAUCACUUGUCCGCAGGGGGCUGCCUGAAAGGGAUCAGUUGUGGCAUGUGGAAGGGGAGAAGAGUGGCAUCAUGUUGCGUGAAUGUGAUAGGCAUAAGGCAAGGUACCAAUUCUGGUUAG